CUCCUCACAGACAGCAACAGAAGAAACACAGCCAUGGCUCCUACAAUCACUGCAUCAAUCAUCAACUCCAACAACCUUAUUCCACUUACUAAUAAGCUGAGAAAGCCGAUAGUGGAGAAGAUGCGUAGAGAACGUAUCAACAGCAGCAUCGAGAAGCUCAAGUCUCUGCUGGGUGGAGAAUUCCUAAAGCAACAGCCAGAUUCCAGACAGGAGAAAGCCGACAUCCUGGAGAUGACACUUUGUUUCCUGAGACAGCAGCAGCAGCCACACAAGAGGCUGGCUGAUGAAGGCUACAGCAGGUGUGUGCAGGAAGCCAUCAACGUCCUGUCACAGUGUCAAGCACACACAUUGGCAUUAACUAUGUUUUCCUAAAUGUGUCCUAAUAUUUUUGUCCAAUCUUACAUGGACAGAAUAUGACACGUUUCUUUCAUAUUGGAAAAGCAUGUGAACAUUUUUUUUAUUACUGUGCCUCAAACUUUCUAUGC